UCGAGGCGGAAGUUCGUAAGCUCUAAUCUAUCGAGAAAUAGGAUCCCGCCCGACCUCUUGCUGUAUUGCGGUCCUCGCGGUGCACGUGACGAGACACGACCGGAGGCGCGACGCGUCGCGUCGCGUUUGUUCGCGUUUACUGCAAGACGUGACGUUUCGAACCCUUGUCGUGUGCACUCGCUAGAUAGCCCAGUCCAUCUCUCUGUGUUGCUUUGCGUCACCUUGCUCGCUGGAAUGCCCGAAUACACCGAGGUCUUUGCUUGUCACCAUACUGUUCGCCGCUGGUUCGACGCUGUCGAGACAACCUCCGAGUCGACGCUCCAACUGCAAGCAAUAUGGGCAGAUGCGACAAAGAAGGAACAAGACCGUUUGAAGAAGGAUUGCCCCGGCAAACGAGGCUUUGUUUACAAGCUUGGGCCAAACUCCAAAGUCAAACGCGGUUCGAAGUCCGCACAGCAGCCAAUAUGGCCUCAUAUUGGUGGCCGUGCUCGUCCGUCUCUGGAGGGACUGUGCCUCUGCGAUGUUCAGCGUACGCCUCGCACGCUUGUUCUUGAUUUAGGUCAGCUUGCAUUCCAGAUACAGCUUCUGACGCACUGUAUGGCGCAAGUCUAUACGCGCGUACAAUGGGACCAGGAGAUCGCAGCGGUUAGCUGUGUAGAUAAUGCCCGAGGGUUCCGUGUUGGUAUAGGCCUUGACUUUGGAGAGUUCAUUGUCGCGUUUCUCACUCUUGAUCAGCUGUGGACUCCGCAUUGGGUCGUCCGUCCGGAAGGGACACUGCCGGUUCAACACCACGACAUCCAUGACGACUACCAUGGAUUCCUUAACAUGUUGGCAGAUUGUCUAGUGCAGGUGCACAAGGGUGGGUUUGCUGAGCACACUGCUCUGGCCACUACGUACCUUCGAGAGGAUAUGGGAGGACUUUGCGGCGGCCUAGGCACGUAUUCGGUAGUCGAGGUCUUUUUCAGAGCUGGCUUGUCAGUCUUCCUCACAGUGGGCGAGUUGUUCGCUUCCCCGUCGCGUUUGGCCCGUUUUUGUGCUGCGUUCUGGGUAUUUACGCACGAGGCACAUACUGAGAUACCAGCGUUCAUGAAGGAUGCUUUCAUAGGCUAUGUUCUUGCGCCGACAGAAGACCAGCGUAUCCAGUAUUCGUACCGCCUGCAUGUCCACGGAAAGCAGCAUGUGAGAGUUUCCGCGCGGAUGAAGCAGUUGCAAGUAACAUACGAGUCUAUCCUUGCUGAAUACACUCAGAUUGCUGAUGGGGCGGAGAGUCUUGAGAAUGUACCAGUGGCAGGAAUCCGUGGGCCGGAAAUCCAGCUGUACGAUGUCUUUGAGCCGACCUACGUUCAGGCCGCGCUGAUCAGGGAGACCGAAUCGCUCGGUCAUCUUGUUUUUGGACGUGAAUUCUGGACACGUUUGGGGCUGGGGAAUACGGAGGAGAAGACUGACCCACUCACUGCUAUGUAUCAGAAACUUGGGCUUCUGGAUACGUGUACGCACCUCGACCUCGAAGUUUAUUCAGAUUCUCUCUUUUUGUCGUCUCGGCAGCUCCGCGAGUGCAAGAUCGACACGAUGCUGUACAGGUGUUACAACAUAAGUUCGCAAAAAGCUCUGUGGAGCAUUACGUCUGUGUUUCCGCUAUCACUGGUACCCUUUGAGUCAUGGAGGUCUUUGGGUGGUACAUCCAAGUCAUGGGCUGUCACUUGUGACCGAACCUUCGACUUGGCACCCAAUGCUGAACGCGACGCGAAUACAUUCAUCAAUGUAGUCAAGGGACGCGACGUCGCUGUGGGCCCAUUGGAAUAUUGCGGACUUGGUCGUCGCAUUACUCGUGGAGGUCCUAAAGGAAAGAAGAAUUGCAUGUUAGUUGUAUGCCAGAAUAGCCCCGUUCUUCCAGAACACUUCCGGCAACGACAGCUUGCAAGUGAGCAGAAGAAGAAGGACGGUCGACACAAACCUGGGGUACGCAAGGUCGUGUCCAAGCGUACAAGCGGGCCGGGUGGUUGGCAGCCAAAGCUUGGUACAAAGCGCAAGUCUGAGGGUGCACCCGAGGAUCAGGCACUCCAAGAGAUUGUUCCUCCUGGGGAGAACGGGGUGAAGCGACGCCGCCUUCAUGCAGAUGCCAAGAUAGCAAUGGGGUGUAGUUCAGUAGCAUAGUACAUACAUUGAAUAUUGUGCGAAGUCCACCUGUGUGGGGACGGAUACGGCUGCAUCGCCUAGUUGUACCUCCACACCCUUCAAUUGCUCGGCAAGCACAUUCCCCAUCGAUCCAAACCCGCCUUCCCAAACCCGCCUUCACAGCCAGUCCUCGCAAGGCGACCCUUCCAGCGGCGACCUGCACGGACGUGUACGUGUACGUCCUGGAGCAGGUCGUUCACUUUGAGGAGACAGACGGUGCGUUGAACGUUCGCG